AUGAACAACAAAAGAGAAUACGAGUCUGAUAUUGCAGAUCAGCGAAUAACAAAGCGGACUCGACUCACGGAGGAACUUUUGACACAGGAUAACUAUACAGUAGGAUGGAUAUGUGCUCUUCCAAUCGAACUAACAGCAGCCAAAGGAAUGCUCGAUGCUAUCCAUCCCAGGAUUCCACAAAAUAAUAACGACACGAACUCUUAUACUCUGGGAAGAAUAGGUAACCACAAUGUGGUUAUCACGUGCGGAGCGACCGGGAGGGCUUCUGCAUCAACAGCAGCAAAGGAUAUGCUCCGAAGCUUUUGUUCUAUUCGUUUCUGUUUGAUGGUUGGCAUCGGGGGCGGCGUACCAAGUUCUAAACAAGAUAUCCGUCUUGGUGAUGUUGUAGUUAGCCACGCGGAAAGUACCCAUGGAGGUGUUAUUCAAUAUGACCGUGGAAAAAUAAAUAAUAAUGGUAAAUUUGUGCGGACUGGAUCAUUGAACAAACCACCACGUAUUCUCAGGAAUGCAGUCUCCGACCUUCAGUCGUCACAUUUGGAACGUGAUAACGCCAUUAACAAAUUUGUGUCCAAAAUGCUUGAAGAUAAACCAAAAUUGCGGGAAAAGUUCCAAUACCCUGGUGCCGCCAACGAUAUUCUCUUUUACGCGACAUACGAUUGCGAGAGCUUCAAUGGAGACUGUUCUAAAUGUGAUGUAAAACGAGUUGUGAAUCGCAAAUUACGAAACUCUCUUGAUCCGGUUGUUUAUUAUGGCUUGAUUGGCUCUGCGGAUUGCGUUAUCAAACAUGGCGCUACAAGAGAACGACUGAAAAAAGACAACGACAUCUUGUGCUUUGAAAUGGAAGCUGCUGGCCUUAUGGAUGAUUUUCCAUGUCUUGUUAUCAGAGGAAUCUCCGACUAUUCGGACGCCCACAAAAACGACAUCUGGCAAGGUUAUGCUGCGGCAACCUCUGCUGCAUAUGCCAAAGAACUUCUCCUUGAUAUAACUCCUCAAAAACUGAGCUCAAGCGAAAGAGCGAUGGAUAUUACGAAGAACUUACAGGAAGACAUUUCCAGACUGGAUCAAAAUCUCCAUCAUUUACUGAUUGAAGCUGACACGUCAAAACGUCAAAAAAUCCUUGAUUGGUUAUCGUCUGUUGAAGAUUACGCAAGCCAUUCUAUUGCCAUUGAAAAGCAGCAACCAGGAACGGGGAGCUGGUUUAUUAUGUCUCUCGAAUUCAGAACGUGGCUGGAAAGUGAAGUAGGAACUCUCCUUUGCCAGGGAAUUCCUGGCUCCGGAAAGACCGUUAUGGCGUCAAUGGUCAUAAAAGUAUUAAAAGAAGCCCAGAAGUCCGGUGACAUCGCAUGCGUCUUUGUAUAUUGCGAGCACAAUCGACGGUUACAACAGACAGUAAAGGGAAUUCUGUCAUCCUUUCUCAGACAGAUAGCGGAGAGUUUUGAACGUAUUCCUCCGCUUCUAGAGAGAAUUUACGCAGAAUUCAAUAUUACCAAAUCUACACCCUCUGUUAAAGAAGUUGAGGAUGCAAUUAUCGAACUUAGCUCUCACUUCGGAAGGGUGUUUUUCGUUUUAGAUGGUCUUGACGAGUGCUCAGAAAAGGUUCAGAGCAAGUUGGUAAAUUCUCUUCAACGCUUACAAAGGGAAGCUGAUAUUAGUUUACUAAUCACAUGCCGUCCAACUGGGCUUUCGGAUUAUGGGUUCGAAAGGUGUAUUCGAUUAGAAAUUCGUGCGGAUCCUGGCGACAUAGAACUUUACAUAAAUGAGUGUCUUACAUGCUUUCCGUCAUUUGUGAAGCGAAAUCAUGGAUUGCAGGAAAAAAUCAAAGACCACAUUAUGCUUGUAACAGAUGGCAUGUUCUUGCCAGCUACACUUCACCUUAACCUGUUAGAACACAAAAGAACAGAAUUGGAUGUUAUUAAAACCUUAAAGGAACUCCAAGACGGCUCAGAUGCGCUAUCUCGAGCAUAUUUAAUGACCAUGGAGAGAAUUGAUUCCCAAAACGAAGAUGACCGUGACUGGGCGCACAGAAUUAUUUCAUGGGUUGUUCAUGCAAAACGAGCAUUGACUACUGUGGAACUUCAACAUGCUCUCUCAGUAAAACUCAAUCAGAUGGAUUUACAAGAGAAUUGUUUUCCAUGCAUUGAAGAGCUUUUGACUCUUUGUGCAGGGCUAGUUACCCUCAAUCGAUACAACAAUACUGUGCAGAUAGUGCACUUCACCACCCAAAAGUUUUUCGAAUAUUUACAAGCAAUGUGGAUAGAUUGCGCGCAUUUAGAGAUAUCAAAGUGCUGCUUGACAUAUCUCAGCUUUACUCCCUUUACCACCGGCCUUUGUGUGAAUAAAGACGCGUUUGUUGCGAGAUCAAACAGAUAUGUCUUCCUUGAUUACGCAGCUCUCUACUGGGGAGAGCAUGCACGGGGAGUUCAACGACAAAUCGAACAGUUUGCACAAAAAUUUUUUGAUAACACAUCACUUAUCGCCAGUUCCGUUCAAGCUAUGCACAGCUCAGUCAAAUGGAGUGUAGAAACGGAAACCAGAAACUGGUCAGGCAUACAUCUAGCUACCUAUUUUGGGCUGAACUUUCUGCUAUCCAAUUUACUAAGCAGGUCACCACAUGAUUUGGCAACCACAGUGAAUACCCCAGAUGCUAAAUCACAAACACUGCUCUGGAUUGCAGCAUUUAGAGAUCAAGGGGAUACUAUAGCACUGCUUCUUGGGCAAGGAGCAGAUCCUAAUCUUCAAUUUAAAGAGGGCGGAAACACCUUUGAGAUUGCAAUCGAGUUAAACCACGUAAAUGUGGUAAAGCAAUUAGUUGAAGCUAAGGCGGACGUCAACAUUGAAGGCGGGUAUUAUGGAAGACCACUUUUCGCUGCCAUAGCAUGCCAGCGAGAAGAGUUAGUUACAUACCUCCUACAAGCCGGUGCUGACCUCAAUCUUGGAGGUGGUGAGUAUGGAAAUGCAUUUUAUGCUGCUGCAGUAGGAGGAAACUUGGAGAUUGUUCGACGGCUCCUUGAUAAUGGAACGGAUGUGAACUUGCCUGGCACUGGUGAGUACGGUAGCGCUUUGCAGGCUGCG